UGAUAAUGUCAUCGAAAAAUAAGCACUAAACACAUUCAACUCAAUUUUAUUUCGAACGAAAAUUUGUCAUUUACUUUUGUCCAAAAAACCUUAUCAAUUAUUUGAUAAAGAGUAUUUCAAAACAAUGGGGACGCCUUUUGUCAGCGACGAACAAUUCAGUUUAAACUCAAUCAAAACAAAGAAAGAAAAAAAAAAUGGAAGUCAAAGUCGCAUUAACAAAAUUGUCGGAACCAAAUACGCAUUAAUAAUUAAGUGGAAUAAACAUUUGACAUUUCGGACUUUUAGUUUAAAAACAACGCUCAUCGUUGUAAGAUCGGGCAUUUGAAACAAACGUGUUAAAGUGCAAAGGAAAAGUACAAGUGAAAUGGAUUCAAAAUUAAUGCUAGUUUUGGUUGUAGCUAUAAUUUGUGACUGUAGUCAUGUUUUGGGUGAUCGUUCCGAGACUUCUGAUCAAAUGAGUGGAUGGUCAAUUCGUGAAUAUGGUGGAAUAAAUUCGCUUCAAUUUAGCGAUAAUUUAGAAUUGCCCGUAAUUAGAUCGUCAGAUGAGGUAUUCGUUGAAGUUUACACUACAGCCGUUAAUUCGCUUGAUCAGCUCAUGACAGAGGGCUAUGGACAACGAGUGCUAAACACGCUUCGUUGGAUUAGCGAAAUUAAUGAGUUCCCAUUAAUUUUGGGAAGAGAAUUUUGUGGCGUUGUUCGAGCAAAGGGUCAGUCAGUGCGCGCAGAUAUUCAGAUUGGUGACAAAGUUUGGGGAGUUGUACCGCCACAUCAGCCGGGAUCUAUUGCCGAAUAUGUCGUCGUUGAUCAAUCAGUUAUAACACGAAAGCCAGAGGGCAUCGAUGACAUUGGCGCAGCUGGAAUACUGUAUGCAGGAUUGACGGCUUGGGCUAGUUUGAGUUUUUCUGAUUUAGUCGGCGGAGGAAAAGGAAAACGUCUGUGCAUUUUGGGUGCAUCCGGUGGAGUUGGCACGCUGGCGGUUCAAAUGGCCAAAGCUGAAGAUAUGAUAGUCACCGCCACUUGUAGCACGAACUCUGUGCAAAUGGUCAAGGAUCUUGGCGCUGACCAUGUUAUCGAUUACAGAAAAGAAGAUCUCAAAGAGGCAUUCCGUGGCUUAAGCUUUGACAUAAUUCUCGAUGCUGCUGGCUUAGGAUCGGACUAUGCUACAACACUUCCGUGGAGCUUUGGCCAGUACAUCACGCUACAGCCUCCAGUUCUCAACAAUACUGAUGCAAAUGGUCUCGUUUUCGGCACCAUUAAUAGUGCCAUAGAUCUUCUACAAAGCAACAUUCAAUCCAUUUUCGGCUACAAAGGAUUGGUGAAGUGGGGUUUCUUUGAGCCAUCGGCACAAGGCAUUGAAUACUUUCGACGACAAGUCGAAAGCGGCAAAAUCAAACCAAUCAUUGAUACGAUAUAUAACUUCAAUGAAACGAAAGAAGCGUUCGAUAAGCUAGCCAAGGGUCAUUUGCGUGGGAAAAUUAUUAUAAAAGUUAAAAAUAACUGAAACAACAUUUUAAUCGUAUUGAUGUCAAUUGUCAAGUUUAAAUUUUUACGAAAACACGUACAUCGAAUGAAUUGGCUGUGUGCAGUUUACAUAAGCUAGUUCACAAAAUGCAGUUAGUCUUACUGUUUUGUAUAAAACAAAUGUUGAUUAAAAUAUGAAUCUUUUGAAAAAUCA